UUUGCAGUCCACUCUUCCCAAAGCUUCAGAUCUUCUGCUGCUUCUUCCACAGUCUCACAAAUCUUCUUUCGUUGCUUUCCCAGCUUCUUCUUUUGCUUCAUUUCUGCAACUUCCUUUGUGUUAUUCGCAUAUUCUAAUUUUCUGUUUCCUUUCCCUCUGCUCUGCCCGAAAAAGAAAAAAAAUUACUGCUUUUUCCAACUUUCGCUGGGACCUCUGCGAAUUGAUUUUUCUGUUUAAUUUCUCAACUUUUUCUCAAACGUCGUUUCCGCACUUUCCUUUGUUUUGCUUCCCUCCUGAUCAUUUUUAACUUCAUUUUGCUAGUUUUUGUGAUAUUUCCUGAAGAAGAAAAUCCUACAAAUUUCCACAAAAAAAAAACUGCUCUUUCAAUUUGUUACUGCUCAUAUCUCCAAAAAAAAAAACAAAAGAAAAGUCUAGUUAUCCUCUGUGCUUUCAUUUUCUGUGAUAGUUGGACUUCUUUCCUGUAUGUUCUUGUUUUGAUUUGUUGUUGUUCGUUUCUUGUUUGAUUUCACAAGUUCAUCAUCUUUCUACGAAAACCUUCAGAUUUCAUGGUUGUCUUUGAUCUGUGUGAAGCAUUUGUUUUUUAAAGUUGUUAAAAACACCAUGAGAAGGGUGGUGUCUCAUGCUUGAUCUAUGUUGGAAGUCCAAGGAAAGCUAACUGUUGCUGGGAGAUCUGAGGUUUACAUAACUUGAAACUUCAAAGUUUCUCGUUGGCUACUCAUAUUCAUAUUCUUAUCUUUCAGAACAUAGAGAGCAACCAAGAAGAAGAAAGCUGAUCCGACCAUGCUGAAUUAGGGCUCUAGCUGUUGCCAACGACCCUCAACCAGGCUGCAGUUGUCAUCGAACAAGUCACAAGUGACAGAAAUUAAGUCAUGUCUGAAGGCUCUGAGCGUUUCGGCGGACUCAGUACUGAAGAGGCAGAAGCAGAGGUAGAAGAGCAAACCGAAUCGUCAGAGAAGCCAAGCAGCCGUCAGAGAUAUAAUUCCAUAAUUCAGGAAUCUCCUCGCCUCUCAUUUAGAAAUUGGUUUUUACCGGAAAUGAAGGAGGACAGAUCGGAACCUGUGGUGAAGGUGACGAACUUUGGUAAUGAGGGUAUUUGAUUCCUUUUCUUUGCAACUUGUGCAAAAUGAAUCGAUAUGAAUGUCAUACGUACACAUGAUUGGGAUUUAAAAACUGAUUCAAACAAACAUGCCUGCCACAUUAUUAUGAAGGGAUAGUCUUCUUCUCAUUGCCAGGCGUAAAUCCCGUAAUGUCCGAAGGUAUGCCAAAUCUCAUUAUUGUACAGCUACCUAGCUAUAUAUGCCAUGCCACUAUCUUGAGUACAUAUACAAUACAAAAUGAACGAAUACUUGUACUUAAUCAGUAUACAUAAAUGAGAAUUAACACGAGGUGAAUCGUCUCCAGUCACAGUUGGGAUCAAGAACCACUCGGUGGUGUACUCGUGGUCUUAUCCUAGCCCGCCGGCUAUGAGCCCGAAAUUAGACGUGGAACUUGAGCAACAGAGACCCUCACAGGAGAUUGUGCCUCCAUCAGCUUCCAAGUAAAAGUUAAUGUUACAUAGACAUGCAUCCAACAAGGAUCUCAAAUUGCUGACAGCUGCAUACCAAUGUAUCACUAUACCUCACAACAACAUUUACAAGCAACGAACCCCUCUAGGCAAUACUGUCCUGCACUUGGCUGCUGCCGAAGGCGAUAAUGAAAUGAUAGCAAGCGUGAUAGCUGUACGAGCUCCCCACCUUUUCACUGUCACUAACAACAAUUAUGAUACUGCACUCCAUGUUGCAGCAAGGGCAGGCCGCGCCUCUACCAUUCAAACCCUCCUUAAUUGCUUUUUCAGAUUCAUUCGGGGUAAAACCGAACGUCGAGGUGAUCGGUUCAUGUUGGACAAGCUGCUUAUGGUAUCACUCACCUUGUUUCGAAACAAACAAGGAAACACCUUCGUCCACGAGGUCUUCAUGGCCAAUGGUCAACACGGGGAUGAGAUUUUUCAAGCUUUCCAACAUUCUUUCAUGCAAGAUCUUUAUUCUAACCAGCAGCAUCCUUUCACCGAAGAUACUUUCGACGAGGCUGACUUCAAGGGGAUUGUUAAUUAUUUGGCAGCAUUUGCAGUCAACAGGGAAGGGAAAUCAUUAUUGUACCUGGCCGUUGAGGCUGGCAAAAAUGAGCAAGUCAUUGUUCUACUCAUGGACAUCUGCAUCAAAUAUGACCUAGUGCCCCAAGGAAAAUCAUUGGGAAGAACAAAGAAAUGCUACACACCAUAUUGGAAUACAAGUCAGAUUGGAUUCACUUGAAGAAUGAAGAAGGGAGACUUCCACUUCACGAUGCAGCGUCCACAGGUUUCCUUGAAGGUGUUUCCCACUUAAUUGAGAAAUGUGAGAACUGCAUUAUCGAAAGGGACAACAAUGGUUGCUUUCCAAUUCAUUUGGCAUGUAUUGGAGGUCAUUUCAAAAUAGUUCAAGAAUUGCUAAAACGCUAUCCACAUCCCAUUGAGACUGUGGACAACAAUGGCUGAAAUUUGCUCCAUGUUGCAGCUGAGAGUGGAAAUUUUAUAGCAGUUAGGUACAUCCUCCAAAAUCCUGAACUUGAGGUUUUGAUAAAUCAGAAGGAUAAUAUGGGGAAUACUCUGCUACAUUUGGCCACCCUUCACUGGCAUCCCAAAAUUGUGCAUGCCUUGACUUGGGACAAAAGAGUUAAUCUCACCCUGCCGAAUUUUGAAAAUGAAACAGCUCUAGACAUUGCUGUCCGAACACAUGACCAAAAUCCACCCCUCGAACAGCGGCUUACAUGGAUUGCGUUGAAAUCUGUUGGUACGCCACGAGUCUUUGUAAGGCAUCGCUCAAGAGGCACAGAGGAUGUAGUGAAAAAAGAAGAACUCGACAUGAAACAUUAUAAAGGCAGAAUUAACAUUGCUGGUACGCCACGAAGCUUUGUGAGGCAUCGUUCAAGUGGCACAGAGGAUGUAGUGAAAAAAGAACCCGACAUGAAACAUUAUCAAGGCAUAAUUAAGACUCUGAUAUUGGUUUCAACACUUAUAAUAACUGCAUCCUUUGCAGCUGGGUUUUCCAUGCCAGGCGGCAUGGACCGAGGAAGAGCUGUUAUGCUACAUAAUUUCAUGUUCCAGUUCUUUAUUCUCUUCCUCAUAAUCUCUAUCUUCGGGGCUAUCAUUACAACCAUUAUGCUCUUGUGGGCUCAAUUAGAAGAUUUGUGUUUGAUGAAUUUUUCUCUCAGCUGUGCAAUGCCAGUUCUAGGCAUCUCCUCGAUGACAUUAUCUCUGGCAUUUGUGGUAGGUGUAUAUCUUGCAGUGAGUGAACUCAGAUGGUUGGCCUAUACUUUCCUGGGGAUCAGUGUGGUUCUGCUCCUUGCAGUUUUGAUGUCGUACCCCCUCGUCUGGUUGCCCUCCUCGUCAACCUCACCAUUCUCUCGAUAUAUUUCUUAUUACCCUUUCCUUUUUCUUGCAAUGAUAGUUGAAGGAAAAAAGGGUCCCAAUAAUAAGGGUUCAACUUCUGGCAGCUGAAUUCUAUGAUUAUGACUAUAAUGGAUGAUCACUUUACAUUCGUUUUUGGUGGAGUGUCAAAUUUGGAAACAUUAGCCUAAAUUCUUGAGUUUCUCUCAGCUACUCUUGUAUGUAGUAGAAUAUGUCACGGAAUUACCUGACAAACCAUGCAUGUUAAAAUAAUAUUUCCAUCCUUGAUUUUUAUGGGUUA